GCGACGUUGACAACAAGAAUUCUAUGGCUACUACUGGUUCCGCGGCGUCCCUACAGAAUGUAUCUUCAGGCAAUCGGAAACAGAUGAGAAAACAAGAGCGCAAUGCACGCAAGCAAAGGAAAAAUGCGAGACAGAGGUAUGCAAGAGGUGAAGUUGCUGGAGACGAGGAUGGGGAAUCCGCUUCUUCUUGUUCCGAUGAGGAAUCUGAUACUAAAAAAGGCAAGAAAAAUGCUACUUUUCGAAGGAGCAGUGGAGAAAGAGGACGAGAAGACGAUGAAGUCGUCGCAGAUAUUGACAGUCAGUCUGAUGAAGAUGUUGAUAGUGAAAAGGAACUUGACGACGACGAAGGACAAGAAGCUUCCCACGACGACUCUAGUACAGAUCCCUCUACUGAAGUUGGAGUAAAGAAUGCUGAAGAAAAUGACCCUGACGCGGAAGAAUUGCGGUAUCUUGAAAAAAUGCUAG